UAUCUGUGUGUGGCACAAAACAGCUGUUGGUGCAACAACAACAAUAACAACCACAACUACAACUACAACAACAAAAUCUCGCUGGCAGACGCAAAAACGAGAAACAGCAAUAAAAAUUUGAUAUAAAUUUCAUUUCAAUUAAGUUUUAUGCUAACGAGCAGAUGAAUUUCUAAGCUUAACGCAGCGUGGAGGAAAAUAAAAGAGGAAAAUAAAACUGUGUAGUUAAACGACUUUGGUUAGCAUCGCAGUUGCAGGAGCAAAUGUUGCACACAAUUUAGAGAUACGGAACGAUUGGGAACCGGAUAGAGCUGUUAGCUGAAAAAUAAAAGAAAACAAAUCAAGAACACAAGGAAUAAAUAGAUCUCCGGCCCGGCUAUGUACUGCCAGGAAAUGCUGCUGCUGGCAUGCCUACUGCUGCUGUUGGGGGGCCAGCCGCACUUGACCUCGACCACGACGACAACCACUUUGGUGGCGGCCAUGACGAUUGCCAACCAGGACCUGGAGCGAUAUUUUCGACCGGCGAAUGCGACGCACUCGUACACCAGCAUAGGCGAGGAGCGCCUCACCAUGGACUUCUACAACUUCGCCUUCCUCAAUUGGUCCUAUGUGGACAGCCAGAAUAUAAUCAGGGAAAUUGAGUUUUCGGAGGAGAAGGCGCGCUACGGCGAGGGCCGAGUGCUCAAUGUGACGGGUCGUCUGAUACACAUUAGCACUGCUGAUGACAUUAGCGACGAUUUCGCGUGCACACCCUAUAUACGCGGCACCCUGGGCAUGCCCCUGCCCGAGAAGGGCGUGUCAUGGAUAGCGCUGGUGCGACGUGGCCGUUGCACCUUCGAGGAUAAGGUGAAGCAUGUGCAUCAAUACAACGCCGCGGGGGUAAUAAUCUACAAUGAUAAGCAGGUUAUGCAGCUGGAGAAAAUGCAGAUCAAAAACAAGAAUCGUAAUAUUGCCGCAGUGAUAACGUAUCAAGCGAUUGGACUCGAACUAGCCAGCACUGUUGAUAAGGGAAUAAAUGUAACGAUUUCCAUAAUUGAAGGACGACGGGGCGUGCGAUCUGUCAGCAGCUUAAAUCGCACCUCGGUUCUGUUUGUGUCGAUAUCGUUUAUUGUGCUGAUGAUUAUUUCGUUAGUAUGGCUUAUCUUUUACUACAUACAGAGAUUCCGUUACAUGCAAGCAAAGGAUCAGCAAUCGCGCAAUCUUUGCUCAGUGACAAAGAAGGCCAUUAUGAAAAUUCCAACUAAGACGGGCAAGAUGACCGAUGAGAAGGACAUGGACAGCGAUUGUUGUGCCAUAUGCAUUGAGUCCUACAAGCCCGCUGAUAUAAUACGCAUACUGCCCUGCAAGCACGAGUUCCACAAGAACUGCAUCGAUCCGUGGCUGAUUGAGCAUCGCACCUGCCCCAUGUGCAAGCUGGAUGUGCUCAAGUUCUACGGCUAUGUGGUGGGUGACCAAAUCUAUCAAACGCCCAGUCCACAGCACAAUGCGCCAUCCGCAGCCGCAGCCACAGCAGCCGCAGCAGCAGCAGCACCUGGUGGUGCAGGUGCAGGUGUUGCUGCUGCCGCUGGGCCAGGUGCCGGCGAGGAGGGGCUGCCCGUCAUUGUGGUGGCCCUGCCACCGCACAACAUCAGUAGCUUUAAUCCUAGUGCUAUCAGCUAUCACCAGCGUAGUCCUAGUAGUAGUUACCAACCACAACUGCAACAUCAGCAGUUGCAACAACAACAACAACAGCCACUGGGCGGGUCAGUUGAGCGCGGCAGACGGAACUCGGCACCGGCGACAAUGCCGCAAAUGAUUUGCACUGCCAGUCGCCAGGUGACCGACGUAUAAGUCGCCUGACCCAACUGAUCUAUAAGUAACCCUCGUAUCUAUAUAGUUACGUAUAAACCUACAUAUACUUGCAUAUUUAAAUUUUUAAAUUCUACAUUCGACGUGCUGCGUACUUACCAUGUAAAUAUGCGUGCUUCGACUGCUUGCCCAACAAGCGGUUGCAAGCAGUGCGAAGCAGUGCACACAGUGUACUUAAUCGCUGAACAGAAAGCAGAGCGGAUAAACUACGCUAACCACUCCAACUGGAGAGUGCAACAUCCCUAAUUAGAUAAUGUAAUUGCUCUAAUCAGCGAAGUCUGUAGACACAGAACUGAAGAUCCACGCACAUUAAAUACAGAAAACAGAAACAAAAACAAAAACAAAGAAAUGCGAAAAGAAAACACGAAACUUAUGCAGAGUUCUAUAAGUUCUAUAUUUAAGUUAUAAAUUUAAGCGUACCAAUUGUCGAUAUAAAAACAAACCGGAAAACCGAAAGCCGAAAACCGAAAAACAAAUUACGCGAGAGAAAAGCAAACAGAAAUAUUUACGAGUACUACAAUAACUACUAUAACUAAUAACUAUUUCUAACUAUGUAUAUGUAUUAUUAUGAAUCAUAAAACGUGUAGCCGUAGUAGCUGUAAUAUUCGAUGCAACAUCAUUUGUAGCAAAAUCAGCGCCUGUUUUGCUAGUCAAUAAUACUACGCACACACACACACACACACACACACAGACACGCAUACACAUACCUACAUACAAGACUCAUAAACACACACACACACACACUUUAAGAUAAUGUCGAAGGUGCCAAAGUAUUUGCUUUUAGCUUUAGUUGUUCAAAUUGAAUAAAUGUACCGCUAGUUAUAUUAUUUAUUUUAA